AUGAUUGUUUUUAUUAUUAUCAAUUUUUCUCUUCAAUUGAUUUAUUCAACUACAGCAGCAUCAGCAACAACAACAACAGAUGAUAUAUCUAAUAUUCGAUAUAAUUCUUUAAUAUCAGCACAAUGUAAAGCUCGUUGCUUAUAUGAAUAUCGAAAUCAUCAACAUCAACAACGAUCAUUACCAUCUAUGUUCAAUAAUGGAAAAACGAAACGACUACUGACGACAAAUGCACUAACUUUACCGUGGCGAUCCAUUUGGAAACGUUGUCCACGCCUUAUCACAUGUAGCUCGUGUCUACUCCCAUGUGACUUAGAUCCGCCACUUCUCUUGUCCAACGAACAAAGUUGUCAAGCAAUCUGUUCUACAUUACGAAACGUUGAAUGUCAACGAAGUUGUAUUUUUAUUCAAGAUCUUUAUCAACAACAAUCCAAUUGUUUGACAGACGAUUGUCAAUCAUCAUCAUGUUCACCAACGAAUGAUUGUUUCGAAAAAAUUCCUCAACCGAAAAAUAUUACUGCUAUUGAACGAAAAAGUCGACGAACUGUAAAACUUAAAUGGAGUUCAAAUGGAGUGACAAAUAUUGAACCUAUUUUUUAUGUUAUUGAAGCACAAUGGACAUUACCAAAAACAAUUAUUAAUCAAGAAGAUAUUAUUUCAAAAUGGGGUUUUGUUAAAGAAGAAGUUUCACAUACAAAAGCAAUUAUAAGAAAUAUUCAACGAGAUAAUCGUUGGUAUACAUUUCGUGUUGCUGCUGUAACACGACAUGGAUAUUCAUCUUUUUCAAUAACAACAAAACCUUUUCGUUUAAAUUCACAAAAUGAAUCACAGAAAUCAUUAUCAACAAUAACAACACCAAGAAAUCUGUCAAUAAAAGAUUAUCAAUUAAAUUCAAAUACAAUUAAUAUAACACUUAGUUGGCAAAAACCAGAUUCUUCAAUAAAUGGAUAUCAGAUUUCUUGGGAAGCACAGAAUGAUCCAUCUCUACUUGUAAAUACAAUCGAUAUUUCUUCAUCAUUAUAUCCAUUAGAAUUGACUAUUCCAUUUCUGUCUAUGCAUACAUCUUAUAUUUUCAAAAUUCGUUCAUUAAUUAUUCCCGAUGAUGAUGAAUUACAAAUGAGUAUACCAAUAUCAAUAAAAUUUAAUUAUGAAGAAGAAUUUUUUUCAAUAAAAAAUUUUUAUAUAUCAGAACCAUAUUUUAUAAAUGGUUUAAUUAAAACAAAUAUAUCAUGGAAUAAAAUAAAUGAUUAUCGUAUUCAACAAUAUGAUUUAUAUUGGAUUGAAACUUAUUGUUCAUCAGAUAUAUUACCAUGUUGUUAUCGACGUGAUGCUGUAACAAUAGAAAGUUUUUUUCAAUUAUAUGAUUUACGUUUUAAUUGUACAUAUUUAUUAAAUAUAAAACCAAUUGUAUCAAAAUUACGUAUAAAAAAAUCUUUUCAAAUUUAUUUUAAUGUUAGUUCUUGUCAAUUAAUUCAAAUUUAUGGAACAAUUCGACCAUCAUGUCAAAUAAAUGAAAAUUUAUCAUCACUUAAUCUUAUUAUAACAAGAAAUGAAUCUGGUAUUCAAUUUUAUUGGCAUGAUAUGCGUUUAUUAGUUCAUGAUGAUAGUAAUAUUAUCUAUCAAUUGCGUAUUGAACAACUGCCAAGUCAUAUUGAACUUAUUUCUGUUGAUCUUUUGCCUACGAUAACAAAUUAUUUUUUACCAUAUUCAAAACAACAAGAUGAUCGAUAUCUUAAUGUAACAUUAACUUUAUUUGAUAAUUUAAUAAUACAACAACAAAAAUCCAUCAUAAUUGAUGGAUAUCGAAAUAAUAAUAAUAACAAUCGUAAUACUCUAUUGAGUAUUGUAUCAUCAUCAUCAUCAACGAAAAUUCAAAUGAAAUAUUUUCUUUUAUUUAUAUUAUUUAUUUCUAUUGAUUUAAUACGACGAUAA